GGAGCUGCACGUGGGUUCUGCGUGUGUUGGAAGGAUAGCUGAAUCCCUUGGGUCUGAGCCGCGGAACCGGUGGACGCAGCCGCAGCCGCUAGCCCCCAGCCAUGGGGCGGUCUGGGAAGUUGCCCUCUGGUUCCUCCACCAAGCUGAAGCGCUGGAAGAAGGGCCACAGCAGUGAUUCCAAUCCCGAAGGCCGGAAGCACCGGCAGGCCGCGCGCAGCCGCUUCUUCAGCCGGCCUUCAGAAAAAAGUGAUCUAACAGUUGAUGCUGUCAAGUUGCAUAAUGAGCUGCAAGCUGGGCCUCUGCCCUUGGCCAGGGGAGGGAAGGCUCAGUCGCUCGUGGAGGAUGAAGCGGGCCCAGCCCUCUCUGAGAAAUCUUCAGGCACCUUCCUGAGCGGCCUUUCUGACUGUACCAACGUCACCUUCAGCAAGGUGCAGCGCUUUUGGGAGUCCAACUCGGCCGCGCACAAGGAGAUCUGUGCGGUCCUGGCCGCUGUCACAGAAGUGAUUCGUUCCCAGGGAGGGAAGGAGACUGAGACGGAAUACUUUGCUGCCCUGAUGACCACAAUGGAAGUGGUGGAGUCAACAGAAUCUCUAGCUGCUGUGGUUUAUUUGUUGAAUCUGGUUUUGAAGCGGGUUCCCAGCCCUGUGCUCAUUAAGAAGUUCUCUGAUACCUCCAAAGCCUUUAUGGACGUUCUGUCAGCUCAGGCCAGCGACGGUUCCACAGCAGCACUGCGAUGGGUCCUCUCCUGCCUGGCUACCCUGCUACGAAAGCAAGACCUGACAGCCUGGAGCUACCCUGUCACCCUCCAGGUUUAUCAUGGGCUGCUGAGCUUUGUCGUUCAUGCCAAACCCAAGGUCCGGAAGGCAGCCCAGCACGGGGUGUGCUCUGUCAUCAAGGGCAGCGAAUUCCUCUUUGGAGAUAAACCCCCUACAUAUCACCCAGCCGCUCCCUCCACUGGAAAAUUCUGUAUCCAGGAGAUUGAGAAGUCUGGAGGCUCCAAGGAGGCCACCACAACUCUGCACGUGCUCACACUGCUCACUGAGCUGCUGCCGUCUUUCCCUUUGGCCAUGGUGAAGGGUUGCAGUGAGACAUUGCUGAGGGUCAUGACUCUUAGCCACGUGCUGGUGACUUCCUGUGCCAUGCAAGCUUUCCACAGUCUCUUCAAUGCCAAACCCAGUCCUGACAUCCUUUCAGCAGAACUCAAUGCCCAGAUUAUCACGGCCCUGUAUGACUACAUUCCCAGUGAGAACGACUUACAGCCCCUGCUGGCCUGGCUGAUGGUCAUGGAGAAGGCCCAUGCUAACCUGGUCAGGUUGCAGCGGGACCUUGGCAUGGGGCAUUUACCUCGUUUUUUUGGGGCUGCAAUGAACUGUCUUCUUUCACCCCAUGCGCAGGUGGCGACAGCUGCCACCCAGAGCCUCAAGCUGCUUCUCACAGAGUGCAUUGCUCCCCACAUGUCUGACAUCGGCCCAGUGUCCUCUUCUGCCUCUGGACCCCCACUGUUUGUUGCCAGGAUGUUCAGGACUGUGGAAGAAGGCCUGACGUACAAGUUUCAUGCAGUGUGGGAUUUGGUGUUGCAGCUGCUCCGUGACUUCUUUGAAGCCUGUGGAAAGCAGGCUCACCUCAUAAUGAAGAAAUGCCUUCAGUCGCUCUGUGAUUUGCGCCUGUCCCCACACUUCCCUCACACACUGGCUCUGGACCAGGCCGUGGGAGCCGCAGUGACCUUCAUGGGCCCUGAGGUUGUGCUUCAGGCUGUGCCUCUGGAGAUCGAUGGCUUCGAAGAGACUUUGGAUUUCCCUCGGAGCUGGCUGCUGCCCGUGAUUCGGGAUCAUGUCCGUCAUGCACGACUGGGCUUCUUCACAAGCUACUUCUUGCCCCUGGCAGCCACACUGAAGAACAGAGCGACAGAACUGGCCCAGGAGGGGAGGACCAUGGAGUCCAAAAUCUAUGACACUCUUCAGUGGCAGAUAUGGACCCUGCUGCCUGGAUUCUGUACCAAGCCCACCGACGUGGCCGCCUCCUUCAAGGGGAUUGCCAAGACUCUGGGCACAGCCAUCAGCGAGCGUCCAGAUCUGCGGCUCACGGUGUGCCAGGCUCUGCGCACACUGAUCAACAAGGGUUGUGAGGCAGACAAGGACCGUGCUGAAGUGAGACGCUUCGCCAAGAACUUUCUGCCGAUCCUGUUUAAUGUGUAUGGGCAGCCUUUGGCAGAGGGGGAAAACACGGCUCCCCGGCGAGCUGUGCUGGACACCAUUAAGACUUACCUCCCUGUCACAGAGCCAGAACUGGUGAAUGGGUUCCUGGAGAAAGCCAGCGAGAAAGUGCUUGACCCCGCCAGCUCAGACUUUACCAGACACUCCAUCCUGGACUUGAUUGUGGCCAUGGCACCCCAUGCUGACGAAGCCUCUAUCAGCAAGCUGUACCGUACGAUCUGUCCCUAUCUCGAGAGUAAGGAGCACACGAUGCAGAAAAAGGCAUACAGGGUGCUGGAGGAAGUGUGUGCCAGCCCUGAGGGUCCUGGAGAGGGUUUUGUUCAGAACCACCUGGGCGACCUGAAGAAAAUCCUCCUGGACUCCCUUCGGAGCACCGCCUCCCCAGCCAAGAGGCCCCGUUUGAAGUGCCUGAUUCAUAUCAUGAAGAAGCUGACGGCGGAACAUGAGGAGUUCAUCACUGCCCUGGUUCCAGAGGUCAUUCUGUGCACCAAGGAGGUGUCCGUGGGCGCUCGGAAGAAUGCCUUUGUGCUGCUGGUGGAGAUGGGACGUGCUUUCCUUCGGUUUGACUCUAACCAAGAAGCUGCUCUGCAGAGAUACCUGCUCCUGAUCUAUCCUGGCCUCGCGGGCUCCGUCACCAUGAUCAGCUGUAGCGUCUUGGCUCUCACCCACCUCCUCUUUGAGUUUAAAGGUCUGAUGGGAAGAGACACCAUAGAGCAGUUACUGAAAAAUGUGUGCCUGCUUCUGACCUCCCGCACCCGCGAUGUGGUGAAGUCUGCCCUGGGCUUCAUAAAGGUGGUGUUGCUGGUGAUGGACGUGACCCAUCUGGCCAGGCACCUGCAGCAAAUGAUGGAAGCUAUCGGGAGCCUGACUGAUGACAUGCGCCGCCAUUUCCGAAUGAAGCUUAGGAACCUGUUUACCAAAUUUAUCCGCAAGUUUGGGUUUGAGCUGGUGAAGGGCUUGCUCCCUGAGGACUACCACAAAGUCUUGGUGAACAUUCGCAAAGCCGAGGCCCGUGCCAAGAAGCAGCGGGCCUUGCAGCAGGCGUCUGUGGAAGGGGAAGACGAUUCUCCUCAGGUCAGAGGAGACAGCAUUGAAGAGAUUUUGGCUGACUCAGAGGAUGAGGAGGAGGCUGAGAAGCCAUCCAGGGGCAAGGAUCAGAAGCUGGCACGACAGAGGAGCAGAGCGUGGCUGAAAGAGGGUGGUGGAGAUGAACCCCUCAACUUCCUGGAUCCCAAGGUGUCCCAGAGAGUUCUCGCCACGCAGCCUGGCGUGACCCCGAAGAGGAAGAGGGACCAUAACUUCAAACUCAGUGCAGAUGGGCGCCUGAUCAUUCGAGAGGAGGAUGAGCCGGAGGAGGAAGAUGGUGCCAAAGCUGCAGAUGAGGACAUGACGGACCUCAAACAAGAAGUGCACAUCCUUAGCAAAAAAGCCCGCAAACUCAAGCUUUGGCAGGACCGUGAUGAUGAGGAACCGGAGCCCCCAUCCCAGUAUAGAGCCGGAGGUUCUGGGAUCCACCGCCCACUCUCCAAGAAGCCGGGGGCCGACUACAAGGCCAAGAAAGGAAGAGGUGAUGUGAAGAAGAAAGGUCACCUUGACCCCUAUGCCUACAUCCCCCUCAACAAAGCCAAGCUCAAUCACAGGAAAAAGGCAAAGAUGCAAGGACAGUUUAAGGGCCUGGUAAAAGCUGCCCAGCGUGGGGCCCAGGCUGGGCACAAGAACCGAAGGAAGAAGCAUCAAGCCUGAAUUCCCAGGCUCCCCAGGGGUGGCCAUCCCAAGCCUUGUUUUCAGCUUCUGCCUGCCGUUGAGUGCCCGUGACUUUGAAAGUGCCCUCGAACCGGGAACAUGAUUCAAGAGUGACCUGACAGGCCUAGAAGUUGGUUCCAGAGACUCAACGAGACCUGGCGGGGUGGCACCCCGGGAGGAGCCCUUGCUGUUGGUGUCAGGAAGUGUGCUCUGAGUGUUCUCUGGAAUCGGAUUCAUCCAAGGUGACUAUAUGCCUGUUACAGGCCAAGGGCCCUGGACUCCAGAUGAUGAUGCCCACGAUCUGUUGCCUGAAUUCUGGGGGGAUGUUUUCUGAUCAGACUUCAACUGUUCACAGGCCUCAGGGUUGGGGGGUGGGGUGUGUGUGUGUGUGUGUGUGUGUGUGUGUGUGUGUGUGUGUGUGUGUGUGUGUGUGGCUGCUUUGUGGGUCACUCAUUGACCAGAAGACUGUACUACCCUGCACUGAUGUGCAUUAAACUUGGGCUUGCAGAAUACCCUCAAUAAGAAUUGCUUUAUUUUUUUAAUCAUGGACUUUUGAGUUAGUAUUUAUUUGGGCCUAGCAGACACAGCCCAACAAACAGGGCUCUCCUUCUCAAAGGACAGUUAAACAAAGCCAUCUAGGAGAAGGAUUGCAGGAGGAGGAAGAAAAACUCCACAUAAGAUAAGCCAUAUGAAGCUUCUGGGAGUUAAGUUGCCUAGGCAAAGAUGGGUCUUAAAUACAACCACAGAGCAGUUUUGACAAAAGAAACAAAUAACUGGAGAGAGAGGGAGGUAGAAGGAGAGGGAGGCAAGGAGGGAGGGAGGAUGGGUCAGACUUGAACAUACUCUGCCAGGCUUCCCACGGGGAUUAUUUAUAGAAUUAGAUAAAAUAAUUUUAAAAUUCAUUUGGAAACUUGAGAGGUCAAGAAUACCAGAAGAGGAGAAGGGAGGAGGCUAUAAAGUAGUACUGCCUGGUGCUGGACAAAAGAGAGAAAAAUGAAUCCGCACAGUAGAUGAGCAAGUCACAGGACCCUUACCAGAGUUGUUAGGUCAGUGAACUCAGUAAUAGCAGUUAACAUUUAUAUGAUGCUUAAUGUGUGUCAGGCACGAUGCCAAGCACUUGACAGAUAUCUCAUUUGAUCCUUACAACAACCCCGGAAGGUAGGUGCUACUUUUAUUCCCAUUUUCCAGAUGACAGAACUGAGGCAAGCUGCAGUUAGGUGACUUGUCCAGGGUCUCAGGAAGUGUCUGAGGCCAAAUUUGAACUCGGGUCUUUCUGACUCCAGGCUUGGGUGCUAUAUCUAUUGUUUUACCCAGCUACACAAGGUCACAUCUGCAGGGGAAGGCCCACUAUUCACCACCACUAGCUGGGAAAACUGGAACUAUAGAAUUUGGUAGGAAAUGAUUUUAGGUCAAAAUCCAAAUGCCACAAUGAAUUCCAAAUGGAUAAAUAAUCUAAAUAUUUUUUUUUAAGUGCACUUAAGCAAAAUUAGAAAACGAGUUUUGUUUUUUACAAUUUGGGGUUAAAGAAAAAUUCAUGACAACAAAUGAGCUAUGAGAUGAUUAAGCACAAAAGAGGUGAUUACACUCAUAUCAGAUUUUUAAACUUUUACACAAAAAUCAGUGCAAUUAGAAGCAGAAAGAUAUAAAUUGGAGGAAAAUCUUAACAUUAAAUGUCUGAUAAAAAUGAUUUCCACUAUCUAUACAGAGAAUGUAUGUGAAUCUCUUAAGAGUCAUUCCCCAAUAGACAAAAUGCCAAAAGAGAUACGUAAGCAUCAAUAAUCAGCCUAAAAAUAUUCGGAAAAAAACCAAGAAAUAUUCAAUAAAACAAGCCAAAGGAGGAGAGAAAACUUGCUGGAGGGACUCUCGGGAAGUAGCCACAGUUCAUUCAUUGCUGGUGAAUUAGUUCAGCCAUUCUGGAAGACAAUUUGGAAUUCUGGAAGAAAGUUAUAAAAUUGUUAAAUGUCCUUUGAGAAAGAGAUCCACAGGGACUAUAUCGCAAGGAAGUAUUGACAAAGGUAAAACAUAUAUACAAAAAUGUUCAUAACAGUAUUUUGUAAAGUAGAUUUUUGAUAGUGUCUUUACAUUGUUUAGAUUUUCCUUUGUGUGUCCCCCCCCCACACACUUUAAGAGCUAUCCUUUAUAGCAAAGAAUUAUCUGAAAAAGAAGAAAACAUUUAUCAAAUGAAAUAUUUUCUUAAAACUCUGAUGUUCUAUAUACUAUAUACUGUUCUAUCUAUGUUCUAUACACUGUUCAUAUCUAUGGACUCCCUCCACCUCUGCAAAGGAGGGAAGGAAAUGUCUUCAUAUUGCUUCUUAUAAAAGUUUUGUUGCAUUCGUUUCCAGUUUUUGUGAUGAUUUGAAUUUACAUUGUUUUGGUCAUUGUGUUUAUUAUCUUCCUGGCUCUACUUCCCUUUUCAUCAGUUCACAUAAGUCUUCUAUACUUUUGUUUGUUGUGUCUUAAAGCACAGGAAUAUUCUAUUCCUGUGCCACAAUUUGUUUAGCCAUUCUGCAGUUGAUGGGCAUCUGCUUUGGUUCCAGUUCUUUAGUACCACAAAAAGUUCUACUAUAAAUAAUUUAGGGGUUAUGAGACUUUUUUAUCAGUGCUUCAUAGUGCUUCUAGAACAACAGAUAUGAACAUUGUAAUGACUUUAUUUGCAAAGUUCUUGCUUUCCAGAAUAGAAUGUACUGACUUACAGCUCCACUACUAAUGCGUCAGCGUUCCUGUCUUUCCACAACCUCUCUAACAUUGACUAGGCCAUCUUUAUCAUCUUUGCCAGUUUGCUGGGUGUGUGGAGUGAAACUUCAAGGUUUUUCAUUUGCUUAUUAAUUUGUUUCUUUAUUAGUAAUUUGGAACAUUCUUUCAUACAAUUGUUAAUAGUUUAUAAUUCUUUGAUAAUUGCUCACAACCUUCAACCACUUAUCUGUUUGGAAUGAUUUUUGAUAUUGUAUAUUUCUAUUGUCCAGCUGUCUUGGAUAUGAAAUCCUAAUCAAAGUUAACAUACACACACAAUUUUUUUUCCCUUUUGACCCUAGAUGCAUUAAUUUAGUUGUGCAGCUUUUUGCAAUAACAAAGAAUUGGAAACAAAAGUGCCCAUGGAUUGGGGAAUGGCUAAACAAAUUGGUAUAUGAAUAUUAUUGUAAGAAAUGAUGUAUGUUGAGUAUAGAGAAGCAUGGUAAGAUCCACGUGAACUGAUACAGAGUGAAUUAAGUGAGCAACCCCCCCCCCCCCAAAAAAAAAAAAAACAACCAACUC